GCCCUAAAGUUUGACUGAUUCCAAACUCUUGAGAAAACGGAAAGACUCUUUCUUUCAUCACGUUUUCAUCUUAACUAACUGUUGCUGCCCACUUCCCCUUCUUUCCUCCCCACACUCCCUCUUUUCCUCAACUUAACAAAUACAAAAUUACAACUAAAUCUAAACCGUCACUUGCUAUUAUAAAUACACGCACUCUAGCGUCCACUAAAACGUGAAACUUAAACCUCUUUCGUAUUCAUCAUAUCCUUAGCUACAUAAUAAUUCCUAAAAAAUGUCUUCCCCUGCAUCUAUCUCAAGAGCCUUCACCAAUUUGCUGCUUGCGGCCUCAAUUGCGGCAGUUUUGGUGUCGGGCUUCCAAUUUCAAGUCGGCGGUAAAGAGAGAGGAUGGAAAAUACCAACCGGAGACGAGCCGGAGACAUAUAACGAGUGGGCCGCCAAGAACCGGUUUCGAGUUAGGGACACAAUUGAUUUCAAGUAUGAAAAGGACUCGGUGCUGGUGGUGAACAAAGCCGAUUACCUGGCCUGCAACACAUCAAAUCCCAUCUCCAAAUUCGAAGAUGGAAACACGGUUUUCCAGUUUGAUCGAUCGGGCCUGUUCUAUUUCAUUAGCGGGCAGCCCGGUCACUGCAAAUCGGGCCAAAGGCUAAUUAUCCGCGUUAUGCAUCCAUCGGAAAUUGCUGCCCCAACACUUGCGCCGUCACCAGCGCCGAUUGGAUAUUCAGGCGGCAGCUCCGGCGAAGGCCAGGAAAGUUCGGCUGGGAAUAUAGUGCUUGUCUCUUGCCUUGUGACUGCAUUUUUAGGUCUUCUUGUCAUGGUUUAUCUGGUUGUGUAGGGUUUGUUACUUUUAUUGUUUUGUUUAGCUAGGUUUCUAAUUUCUUUGGAUUUAUCAUUUAUGACUAGGUAGUUUAUUUUAGGGUUGUGUCUUGAGAUUGAUUGUUGAUUAGUUUAGAAUUCCACACUGGAUAUUUCAGUUUUCAGAUGUUUGGGCUCUCUUUGUUAUGUUUCUUAAUUAAUGGCUCUGUUCGAUUUC